AUCAUCCAAUCAGAAAACACUAUCUAAAAGCAACACGACCAAUCAAAUUGACUAUAUAGAGCAUAGAAUAUAUAUGCAAUAUUGCAGUGAUCCCAUGUGUUUAUAACCUUACUUUCAGUGUACUAAAACAAAAUAAUAAUAAAUAGAUAAUAAUAAAUAGAUAAAUGUUCAGUUUGAUGUGCUCACUUUAAAUUUUUUAAUAAAAAUAUACUGUAAGAAUUCAAACAUAAUGACCAAUAAACAAAAUACAAAAGGUUUCAAAACAUUAUGGAUGCGCUUUAAUGCAGACAGUUCGGAUAAGCAUCAGCUAUUUUUUAAGGAACACUCUGUAAGAAAUCAAGAACCUGAAUAUCCCAGGAACAAAACUCUUUUUGUAUUAAAUAUACCACCAUAUGCAACCACUGAUUGUUUGAAACAUGCAUUCAUCAAACUUUGUGGAGAUGUACAUUUUAUUAAAUUUACAAAAGCGAAAGGAUUCAAGACUGCAUAUAUUGUUUUUCAAAAAGAGUCUUCCUUGGAUAAGGCACUAGAACUGUCAGAAGAUUGUGUCAUCACAUUGAACAGUAAUGAAAAUAAAUGCCGUACAGGAUUAAGAAAAUGGUGUAAAGAAUAUAAUGAUUCUUUGUGCGAUGAGCAAAAAACAAAAAAAGAAAUUGAGGAAUAUUUAACUCUAUAUGACAAGCAGAUAGAAGAUCGUAUUGCAAAAGAACAGAAUGUAGAAGAGGACGAUGAAGGCUGGGUAACCAUAUCAGGUGGGAAGAAAAGAGGGCAAUUUGCACCAUCUAGAAAAGAAUCUACCAUUGGCAAGGUGCAACAAAAGGAAGAACAACGCAAGAAAAAGAAACAGUUACUUAAUUUCUAUACUUUCCAAAUUCGCGAGGAAAAGAAGCAAAACAUAGUGGAAUUACGAAAAAAAUUUGAAUUGGAUAAAAAGAGACUACAGGAACUGAAAUUAAAACGAACAUUCAAGCCAUUUUAAAUAAGUUAAAUAUUGUAAUUAAAAACAUUAGGUAAUUAAAUCAAAUAAGAUUGUAUU